UAAAUUCAGGACAAUAUACAGACCAAAGCAACAGUUAUCUUUGGAUGAGAGAAUGAUUCCAUGGAGAGGAUGCCUAAGGUUUCAAACGUACAACCCUGCAAAGAUUACAAAUUCUUGGUCCUUAUCUUGGUAUGUGGCACCAUAUCUAUCAGGACAGUUAUUAUAACAGUACCUAUUGCUGACUUAUUAUUGAAAAACAAAACUAGAGUCUGUGCAAGUAUUAAGGUAAACAGAGGCUUACCGCCAAGUCUGAAAGCCAAAGCAUCAAGAAUGGAGAAAGGUGACACAGUAUUCUGUAGAAAAGAUACAGGAAAGAAAAAUAGAAAAACUGGAGAGUAUAUAGUAAAAUCUGUGUGUAUAAAUCAAUACAAUGUUCACAUGAAAAGAGUUAAACGUGCGGAUCAGUACCUUUUAUAUUAUCCUAUUCUAAGGAAAACGAUGAAAUGGACAAAAAAAGUCAUCCUUUAUCUCAUAAACUGUAGACUUUUCAAUUGUUUUUGA